GGUAUAUAAACCCACAUCUUACGAUCUUAUCUUUAACGUUGUGAACGUACUGAAGUUGGUGUUCAUUUUUAACCACUGGCUGCCUGAACAGAAAGAACACCUUCAAAAAUAACACCCAAAACCAGAAACUGUGCAAGUGUCGUCAUGGCACGCAACAGUUUACUGUGGCUUGCUUUGGCCCUACUCGUCGCAUGGACAAACAGAUGCAGUGCCGAUGUCGUCGAUGAAGAAUCGUCUGGUGGCCUUUGUAGGUACAGGGAGAAAAUUAACUACGCAGCCAAAGAUGCUAAAGUAAUCGCCACUAUCUUCAAUGAAGAAGCAAAACCGGAAGGGUACUUUCUGCGAUGGGCAUGCUGUCCCUCCAGUGACGAAAGAAUGCUAAAGGCUGAAAUCGAUCUCCCUAAAUACUGCGAAAAACCUUUCUGCAGUGCAGGGUGUAAAUUUUCACAAGGCAAGGAAUGUCACUUAGAGGACAAUGCCUGUGUGAUGAUUGCCGAACAGUCCAAAUUCGAGGUUGAGAAAAGAGACCAAUCGCAAGAUGUCUUCGCUCCUUCCUUGCAACCAUUUGAGGACAAGCUGAAGUAUGAUCAACCAACCUGUACAUUUUGCUGUGGCGGUUCGAUCAGAACUUUUGACGGCUUGAAUUACAACCACCCACUCCAGUGUCGACACAUGCUGAUUGGGGACAUCGACGAGGAAGUCAAACUUACUGUCGACGUUAUCCCAAGAUACGAAUGUCAUGGUGGUGUCUGCAGGAGUGCGGUUAAUAUUUCAACGUCAUUAAACAUGGUUGAACUUCUACCGGGUGGUGUCGUGCGCUACAAUCAGAGAGUAGUAAACUCGCCUUAUGACAACUAUCUCGGUGUCAAGAUAUUCAACCGUGGUAUAGACACAGUCUUCCAAGCAAAGGACGAUACACGAGUCUUCUUUGACGGUGACAACAGCGUAACGGUAACCUUAGGCAAGAUCUUUGCAUCUACCAAGGGGUCGUAUAACUUUGAAGUGCACGGACUUUGCGGUAACAACGAUCUCAAUGCCACCAACGACCUGGCCGAUAAGCCAGUUGCAGAAUUCGUCGAGGAUAACGAAUUCCUCGGAUUCAACUGCUCUGCCCCGAGCAAAGACUCUCACAACCCAUACGAUGAACUUGACGUACUCCAACAACAAAAAGUCCGGGAUGCCUGUGGAAGAUUUGCAACGGAGAGCUUUUUCCGCGGCUGUCGAUCAGAGGUCGAAGUUGAACCGUUCAUCAGCUCCUGCCGGUUUUCCAUGUCAUUGCAAGGGUUGAACUUUGACAUAUGUACGAUAUAUGCUGAAUACUCCAAAGCCUGCAUUCGCAAAAACCCAGACCUAUUUGUAGAAUGGAGAUCAAGCAGUUUCUGCCCUGGUACCUGUGAUACUGGUAAGGUAUACUCAGAGUGUGCACCGGCCUGCCCAACGACCUGUGAAAAUCACUUCUACGGUUCAGAAUGCAGAGAGCCAUGCGUCCGUGGUUGCCAAUGCGGACCAGGCACCUUUCUGAACGGAGAUGUGUGCGUUGCUAAGGAGAGCUGCCCGUGUCUUCAAGCUGGCGAAUACUCCCCGUCUGGUGCUUUGAUGACGGAUAACUGCUUUGACUGCGUCUGCAUAGAGGGCAAGCUUCAACAGUGUACGCGUCACUCCUGCCCACCGACCUGCACUAUCCUAGGAGGGCGCUAUUUCAGCACCUUCGAUGGUGCUAGCUACUCCUCCGACGCUCGUUGCGAGUACGUGUUGUCGCAGAACCUGCCAAAUAAAGACAUCCCUGAAUUUAGCAUCUUCAUGGUGUCUGAAUGCCUCUCCGAACCACACAAGACAUGUCAGUAUGUGAGCGUCAAAACACCUGAUGGGACUUUUUACGAGCUCAAGUUUUCCGGUACAGUCACUGUGUCCAGCAAUGGAAACCAACCGGCUCAAGAGCUGAAACUCCCGUACGCCAAUUUCAACGGCAACAACACAGUUACUGUCGAGAAGAUAUCGUCGAUCUUCACUAGGUUCCAGGCGCCAAUUCUUGGUAUCGACAUUCUGUGGGGAACCGACAAUCGCAUCUAUGUCACUGUGCAGGAGAAGCUUGUUGGGAAGAUCUACGGUCUGUGCGGGUUCUACGACAGUAAAUCCAUCAACGAUUUCCUGCUGCCGUCCCUAGGCUCAACUGCCGUAAUUCAUGACUUUGUUAAAGCCUGGAAAUCCAACAACAAAUGCACCGACAAGAAACCCGAGUUCACUUCCAGCUUCUUGGAGAACGAGGCCAUUGCUUUCUGCUCCAAGAUAAAAGCAGCUCCUUUCGAUGCCUGUAAACGGAAAGUGGAUGUCGACAAGUACCACAAGCUGUGUUUAGCGGACUACGCCAGAUCGAGUAGUGGAGGAGCUGAGUGUCUGUCGUUAGCAGCAUACGCGCUGGAGUGCGCUAAUGCCGGUGUGCCGAUAGUCUGGAGGUCAGAUGAAAUGUGCCCCAUUUCUUGUCCGGAGGGAAAAGUAUAUCAGGAGUGUGGUUCUUUAUGUAACGUUUCCUGCAGUGAUUUAGGGAAGACCACUGACUGUCGUGAGCAAUGUGUUCAAGGAUGCCAGUGCCCCCAGGGAGAGGAGUUUGACGAUCAAGCCGGUCGGUGUGUAGCUACAGCAGAAUGUCCAUGUGAGGCCAAUGGAAAGGCAUAUCAAUCUAAUGCAAGUUGGAAGAGCAAAUGUAACACAUGCACGUGUACGAACGGCGUGGUGAAAUGUUCCGAUACAAUAUGUACAGCCUCGGGUGAGGAGUGUCCGAGCGGGCAGGAAUAUAUCGAUUGCGUUGAGUGUGAGCGGGAGUGCAGUAAUCUUCACUUGUCAUGCCGUCAGGGAGAGUGUUCGCCCGGCUGUGGAUGCCCAGAAGGCACGGUCAGACAGGAGGGAAUCUGCAUACCCCAAGAACAAUGCCCAUGUUACUAUAACGGAAAAAGUUACAACACAUACGAGUCGCUCAAGAAAGACUGCAACCAGUGUAUUUGUCUUCCAGGUGGAACCUUCUAUUGCGAAGACAAAAUUUGUCCAGCAACCUGUCGAGGAUAUGGUGAUCCGCAUUAUCUUACCUACGAUGGACGCAAAUAUGAGUUCCAGGGAGACUGUAAGUACGUGUUAACGUCGGACGAUUGCGGGGAGCCAGGCUACACGAGCGUCUUCAGUGUAUACGUAGAAAACGUCCCCUGUGGAACGGGUCAAGUGACUUGCACCAAGGCAGUUUCCAUCCAGAUUCUUGACGUGAACAUUUAUCUCGUACGUGGAGCGGAUCCAGCUAUUACCCCACGUCCUCCAAAACAGACUAAAGCAGCCUAUCGCAUCAUCAAGUCUGGAAUUUUCCUCGUCAUCAACACCAGACAUGGCGUAACUGCGUUGUGGGAUCACGGCACAUCCAUCUACAUAACCUUAGACGGGAGAUUCGCAGGGAAAGUUUGCGGCCUGUGCGGUGACUUUGAUGGUAACGCCGAUGAUGAUUUCAGAACCAGAUCAGGAGAGGUAGAAGCAACCGCUAUUCUGUUCGGUCACAGCUGGAGAGUGGACGGUAGCUGUGAGAUGCCACCUGAUCCAGUCCAUCCGUGCGAUGUGGCUCCUGAUCGACGUGAUUGGGCCCAGUUUGCUUGUGGAAUCAUCAAGAAAGCUAUCUUCGAACCCUGUCACCAUGUGGUGGAUCCUCAAGAUUACUACGAUAACUGUGUCUUCGAUACUUGUGGAUGUGAUCGAGGCGGUGAUUGUGAGUGUCUGUGUACGGCAAUCAGUAACUACGCUGCACUCUGUAACAGCAUGAAUGUGCCAAUACCGUGGAGAUUCGAUGGAAACUGCGGUCUGCAGUGUGAGAAGGGUAUGGAGUACCAAGCCUGCGGGGAAGUUUGUCACGGAGAGUGUUACGAUUCUCCAGAAGUUGCCGCUGUUGGUUGUGAAGUGACUUGUGUGGAGGGUUGCCACUGCCCGCCAGGUUUCAAGCUUUAUCAUGGAGAAUGCGUGGAUAUGGUCGAAUGCGUGUGUUUGUAUAACGAUGAAGAAGUACAGGCUGGGUUUAUCGUCAUUGAGAACUGUCAAACUUGUACAUGUGUGAAUGGCUCAAUGAUCUGCCAGGGACCCACUUGUACAACACCUGGUUCUACAACAGCCGGUGGUACUGCAACAACCCCAUUGUUUGUCACAACCCCGUGCACAUGCCCUCCUGGUGACUUCACAUGCUACGACUGCUCGAGAUGCGUUUCAUCAGAAGGGGUUUGCGACGGAAACAACGAUUGCGACGACAUGUCGGAUGAAGAAAACUGUGAAUGUUACUACGGGGAUGAAGUUUACCCUGUGGAUCAAGAAUUUCCUGGUGACUCUCCGUGCGAGACAUGUAAGUGCGAACUUGGUUCAACGACCCCAACGUGUGAGAAGAUAUGCAGCCUGACAUGUGCUCCAGGGGAAGUAUUACACCUGAAUGAAAACGACAGAACAAAAUGCUGCGAGUGCAAGGGGCAAGCAACAACUUUACCAACAACGACCAUUGUAACAACAACAGAAAUAGGUCCAGGAACUUCAACUGGUCCUGGAACAACAGAGCCAGUGUGUCAGUACCCAUUGUUAACGGACGAACAAACGCAGCAUAGCAUCACAUUCUCUGAUGUGGAUUCGUCGAUUAUUGAUCGAAGCAAUCACGGGUUGCUAGAUGGAACGCCAUGGGCUCCUGAAAGUGCAACGGGAGACAUGUACAUGGAGGUGCAUUUCAUAGAGACAAGACAAGUUACGGCCAUCACCGUGAUUGGUGCUGAAAACCACGCCGAUGGAUUUGUGUCUGAGUUCACCGUCGAAUAUAAAAACACGCAAGGAGAUGAUAUAAGACAUAUUGUAGAGACAUCAGAUGGGUUUGAGACUUUCACAUCGGAUGGUAUAACGCCAGUGAUUCAGAAGUUUAAACUAAGUAUUGUUGCAGAUUAUGUUUAUAUCGAUGUCCAGAGAUUUACUACGAAGCCAUACAUGCGUGUGGAGCUCUACGGCUGUCCUCUCAUUAUUCCAUCCACAUCUGAGAAACCUACUCUGUCGACGACAGUUACAACAGAAGCAGUAACAACGAUUAAGGAGCAAACCUUCCCGCCAACAACGCCCCCAAUAUUUUAUUGUGACCCACAUUGUCACUGCAUUGAGAAGUGCGACCAUGAUUUGGUGUGUCCACCGAACUGGACACCCUGUACUUACUGUCUAUGUGACUCCACUGGAACGCUACCUGAUGCCAAUGGUCACUGCUUCACCAAGGCAUCUGACUGUGCCUGUAUUUUCCUUGAUCAACAAUAUCAGAUUGGUGAUAUGUGGCAUCAAGGUCCAUGUGAGGUUUGUACCUGUAUGUAUAACUACACCAAAGAGUGUUCCUACACACCCGGAUGUCAAACGACCACACCCAGUGUAACAAAAACAACACCUAUCCCAGAACCAACUACAACGGUAGUUGUGACAACGACUGAGAUUAUUACCACGACAACCACUACAACAUCGGGACAGACGACCAUCGAGACAACAACAGUGCCCUAUACUACGACAAUGAAGCAAGUUUGUGAGACUGGUUCUUCUAUGAUACCAGAUGAUUGCCACGAGUGUAUUUGUGUAACCAAUGAAUACUUUUGCAACCCAGCGUGCCACAAGACAUGUGAACCUGGUGAGCAGUUAGUCACAUACGAUGAUCCACAAAAAUGCUGCGAAUGUGUGUCAGCUUCAACAACUGUGCACACAACGGUUACUUUACAGACUACUACAGAAGAAUCAACAACAUCUGUUCCAACAACAACUGCAGCUCCUUCAACUACACCAGGCCAGGGCUGUUUCGUAGCAGAAGAAAACAGAUACGUUGAGUAUUAUUAUGAGUUCAACAGGGGAAACUGUCAGGUCUGUACUUGUCUACCGUCUGGUCUCAAGUGCAUGGAGGGUCACUGUAACCUAGUAGACUGUCCCAAUCCGAAUGAGAUUGUUUACUAUACGGCUAGCUGUUGUGAAUGCAGACCAAUGACGACAGUUAGACCAACUACAACAGUCAGACCAACUACAACCUCUCCUGUUUGCUUUCCACCGUUGGUGUAUCGUGAAAUCUGUAGCUGUCAGAGGACUUGCGCUGAUCUAGGUAGAGAAUGUGGAAACCAGAGCUGCAGUAUUGCAUGCGUCUGUCCACCAGGGUCUUUUAAGACUUCAAAAGGUGAAUGUGUGUCUAAACCAGACUGCCCCUGUGUGGACAUCGACGGACAGAAGUACCAGAACGGAGAGUCUUGGAAAAGGAGUCACUGUAAAACAUGUAGUUGUAAAAACCGUAAAAUCAGUUGCACUAAACAGUGUUCACUGACGUGUCAGCCAGAUGAAAAUCUUAUCCAACCACCGGGAGAUGAAUGCUGCUAUUGUCAGCCAAAAUGCACUGGGUGCUAUUAUGAAGUUGAUCAGACGUGCCACGAGGUUAAUGCAACAUGGCGGGAUGUGUGCUCGCAUUGUUCCUGCAAACAUCAUGGUAACGAGUUCUUGCUACAGUGUACUGACAUGAGCUGUCCGUCCCUCGAGUGUCCAACGGGUUAUAAACUUGUGCAUGAUGAAGGCGAUUGCUGUGCCAAGUGCAUCAAGGAUAAUUGUCCGGGAGAGUUUUACUGUAAUUCUACCUUCUGUGUCCCCAUCGGCUGGCUGUGUGACGGGAAAGAAGACUGCUUAGAUGGAAGUGACGAAAAGGGUUGCGGUACGACCCCAAUUCCUGGAACAACGACCCCAAUUCCUGUGUCAACGACUCUCGCAACAACUACAGAAGCUACCAACGAAACAACAACAACAACAAAAGGCCCGACAAAUACACCACCUUUUCCAAAUCCGACAUGUCCUCUUGGACAGCGCCCAGCAGACUGCUCAAUACCUUGCCGCGUGCAUGCAUGCAUAGAUUUUCGCUGCUACACCAACGUGGUACUUGAUCGAAGUACUAAUAAGACAUACUGUUGUGAGUGUUACAUGGGAUACGCUUAUAAUGGCACAGACUGCGUUCAACCACCGACCUGCAAUUGUUUGGACCAUAAUGGAGAACUCCGACAGCCUGGGGAACAAUGGCCUGGUCCUAGCCAGUGUGAGGAUUGCAAGUGUGCAGAAAACCUGAUUACUUGUUUCCCCAUCUACUAUCGACCAGGAUGUGAAACAACCACCACCCCUCCAACAACCACAACAACGACAAGUUCAACCACUACGACGUAUACCGGUGAAGUUACCACAACCACCAAGGAAGUUACUACUGUCACAACCCCAGCUUAUUGCUACGAUGACAUGGACACCAUCCCCAACCUAAACGUCCGAAGAUACAGCUCCGAUAAUCCAUCCGAAGAAAUCCCACCUGACCAGCCUUGGACUUCCACCGGUCGAGAGGGUCCCACGUUCAGGAUUGAGUUUAACGAGCCAACCAAAAUCAACCAAUUAGAGUUCAUAACAACAACAGGAUACAGCUCCAAGGUCAUCGUGGGCGUGUCAUUUAAAUCUGAACCCUUACCAAUAGACCAAAUGUUGUUUGGCGGACAACAGGUUUAUGUGCAGUUUGGGACGAGACUUGAUAUACCACAAGACCCGGAGAUAAGAAAUGUCCGCUCCAUUCAUUUGACGUUCAUUUACUCGUCCUCGCAGACGAUCAAAAUUUAUGGCUGUGUCGAGAAAGUUUUGACAACGACCUCAGUUGUGGUAACAACACAAG